AAAUUCCAUUUAAAAUAAAAUAAAAUAAAAGAAGAAUGAAAAAUGAAUGAAUGAUAGUGUUAAGGUAUAAGUAUCAAAAAAACACCAAACCACUUCUCUCCUAAGGAAGCUUCGUGGAAGCUGCCAUGGCUUCUCUCUUUCUCUCCCCAUUUAAUACCCUCCUUCCUCGUUCUUUCCUCUCAACAAGAAGAAGAAUCAAUACUCAAAUCUCUAUCAUCUCUCUUUAUCUUUAUCUUCUCCGAUAUGAAGCUCGCCGCUAGCCUCAACCGCCUCAGCCCCAAACGUCUCUUUCGUUCCAAAUCAAAAGCUUCCGUCUCCAGAUCUGAGCCUUCUUCCUUCAGCUCCAAUGCUUCUUCCUCUUCCUCCGAUGGAUCGUACGGUAACCUCAAACAAGGUCCAACCGCGACUCCGAUCAGUGUUCUCCCUCAAAACUCCGGCGAUUUCUACGCUGAGCUUAUUCAAGCGUUUAAACUGAUCGAUCGUGAUGACGACGGUGUUGUUUCCAGAGGAGAUCUCGCGGCGUUGAUUAGCAGGUUAAGUCCUGAACCACCGAGUCAAGAAGAGGUGAGUCUGAUGCUAAGAGAAGUAGACGGCGGAGACGGUGGUUGUAUCAGCCUUGAAGAGCUUGCUAGCCGUGUCGCUGGUACUUCCGGUGAAGGAUCUGUUGAGACGGAGGAGCUGAGAGAGGUGUUCGAGAUUUUUGACGUGGAUCGUAACGGGAAAAUAUCGGCGGAGGAGUUACACAGAGUAUUUGGAGUGAUUGGAGAUGAACGGUGCACGUUAGAAGAGUGUAUGCGUAUGAUAGCGACGGUUGAUGGAAACGGUGACGGUUUUGUUUGCUUCGAAGACUUUUGCCGCAUGAUGGCUCCAGUGAUGAAUGAUCAUCAUCAUUAGAAUCAUGUUUGAUUGAUGAUGGUGACAUCACCAUGCUCUUUGUCUUCUUUUUUUUUCUAUUGAAAAAUUAUUUAUUUUACUGUUUUUGCGGUGGUGAUUUCACUUAUUGUGACGGCAAGCACUUAAAUUGUUCACCGUCGGUUUAAAUUCAGACGUCUCUCUUUCUCUAAAGUUAUAUAGUACUAGUAAUAUGAACAUGUUUCUAGUUUCACUC